UGCCGCUCUACCAAAUGUAGUGAAGUAUGCGUUUGGUUAAUCUUUGACCAACUAAAAAUCGAUAGUUACAUCGAUAUAUUUAUCGUUAAACUAUUAUUGCAAUAACACAUGAUUUCGUCUGAAACUAAGAUGUCAAUGAAAUUAACGUGAGGAAAGAAUUUUAAAUAAAAUACAUUUUCUAAGUGCAUUACAAAGAUGUUAACUCCACGAUUUGAAAUAACUCAAACUGACACAGAAGUCGCAAUAAUCAUUCAUGCACCAUAUGCCAAUAUCAAAGACACGGAGAUUUACGUUGAUGGAACAGAUUUCAGAUUUUUUUCUACACCAUAUUAUUUGAGGUUAAAACUACCAGGUGAAAUUGAAGAUAACGACUCGUCAUUUGGCUCAUACGAUUGCGAAAAAGGAGAUUUCUCUUUAAGAUUUUCAAAAGUGAUAAAAGGAGAAUAUUUUGAAAAUUUGGAUAUGAUAAGUACAUUAUUAGCUCCACCAAAAAAGAAGGGUACAAUUGUACCAAACAUCGAAGUAAUUGGAAAUCCAUCAGCAAAUUCUGAAGAUAUUAAUGAUAUACCAAAUGAGCAUGAAUUUACACCAAAUAAUGAAAACACUAAUGGAGAUGAAUGGUACAUGCAUCAGAACAAUACUAUAGAAACUGUACCUCUUUUGUCUGUAUCUCCUAAAUAUGGUUUUGCCAAUAAAGUAUCUGUAGCUUUAGCUGCUUUUGAGUCAGCAUGGAUUAAGGAAAUAAUAGAUCUUCCAAUGCCAGAUACAAUACCUCAAUCUGAGAGAAGAAAAUUGCGAGAGAAACGUGAAAUUUCAGAUUUUAACGAGGAACAUUAUUUGGCAGAUCUUAUGCAACCAGAAUGCAUAGAACCAUAUAUCUCAUUUUCUGCAGAAUGGGACACUUUGAAAAAAGAAGAUAUUUCUUUCAAUGAAACUGAAGUAGAUUUAUUAAAAGAACUCCCAAACAAAGAAUAUUUAUUAAACAAUGAAGAAACACAUAAGUUACUUUUAGGUUUAAUGGAUAUUUUAUUUGGUUGUUGCUAUAAUCACAGAACAACAUUAGGAGAAAAUACGGUUGAAAGUAGUUGGACUAUUAAUAAAUUAAGUUCCACUUUGUGUUGGUUUGAUGAGUUUUCUGAUGCAGAAGAAGUUGUAAAAGCUUGUUUUAGAAGAUCGAUAUGUUACCCACUUUUUAGAAAUUGGGAUUUGUCUAAAAAAGUUUUUGAAGAUGUAAAGAAAGUAAUUAAGUUAGGUAAAAAGUAUAUUAUAAAACAUUUUUGUGAAGUACAUAGUUUGUUUAACAAUUCGUGUGAACCGCGAUAUAUAUUAAAUCAGUUGUAUAUAAAAGAUUACCUGAUCUGGUUACAACAGAUUAAUGAAUCUUUAAUCGAAUCAUUGGAAUCUCUUAUCGCUAAUGUUCAACCUUCCAAAGAUGACAUGCAACUUGACUUAGCAGAGCUAGAGCAAGCAGCUUAUUCUGUGCAAGAAGAAGAUCUUAUUAUAGAAAAUUCUGUUCAUGAAAUAGUGGAUCAAAUGGAUGAAUUAACAGUUAAUGACAAUGACAAAGAUAAGCCAAAGACUAUAUACUACAUUAAAGACAAACAUUCUUUAAAGUAUUUGUUAUCGAGUAGCUCGAGUUCAAGCGACAGCAGCGAUACUGAUUCUGAAAGCGAUUCAGAAAGUAGCACUUCAAGUACCACUACAACAAGCAAUAGUAAUAGUUUAGACUCGGACGAUGUAAGCGAACCAGAAGAAAUUACAAAUGAGUAUACUUAAUGAUAUAUACUUAAAUCUUUCUAAAAACAACGUUUUUGAAAGUUUUUUCUUACUUAGAAUAUUAUAAAUAAAACUUCACGAUUCUACCUUAUGUGUUCAUAAAAAUAUUUAUACAUACUUAUAUGUACACUACACGUGAAGCUGUUUUUAAGAUGUGAAACGAUGUAUAAAUAAGAGAUUCAUUUCCGUGUCUAUUUUACAACUAUACAACUUUAUGAUUACUUGUGUAGACAUGUUUUUACGAUACUCGUAUUUGUCAUAAGUGUGAUUGAUUUGUCAAAUGAUAUAGUAAAUCCAUGUUAAUAAUUUAU